UCAGACGGUGCGAGUAAGCAUACGAGUCGGUCUAGUCAGUUACUGCAGUGCAGCUACUCACACCGUGUGAACACAUCAUGCCAGUUAGUGUCAUGAGUAAUCCGGCGUGCGAGCUACUUCAAAGUUUUUUGAUUUUACUCGCACUCGCAUCCCUAAAAACGUCAAAAACAGCAUUUAGCGCUCGAAUCGGGGAUGCCAAACGUAAAGAAAUGUCUCCAUUUUGAAGAUAUUUCAAAAUAUUAACAAACUCGAAAAUUCUUGGAAAACAAAUAAAACCCACAUAGUUUCUAAAUAAAAUCGUUGUUAUUUUGUUUUAUACUCUUUCUUUUUGAGAUAGUUUUCUUGAAAACAAAAACAUAAGCCAUCCAUGAGUGAAGACAUCAGAUGAUAAUUCCAUAUGCCGUGCAAGGAUAUUUGAGAAAGAUACCUGGCAUCCCUAAUCAAAGAUAGAAUAUCUAUAUUAAAUGGCGGCAUCCGUGUUUGUGAGGCAAAUUUCUCUAUCAGAUUAGUAUACUUGAAGGCAGUUUUAAACCGUUAAAAUUUGAAUGAAAAUUUCAUACAUACAUUAUUUGACCAUUUAAAGCACGUGACCCUGAUCCUCAAUAAACUAUUUUCCUAUAUAUUUUUUUUAUAUUUCCACCAAAACUUAUCAUUAUAGUAUAAAGUUAUCAUCAGACACAAUUUUCGUUCAAGAUUCACUCACUACUUGCAGAAAAAGUAUUGUUCUAUUAAACAGAAUACAUAUUCGAUUUGAAAAAGUUCAUUUUCAUUCAUAAUUUCAAUUUUUGACGCGUAUUUAUUCCACCUGUAAAUCAACUAUCAUUUUCACUUCACAAAUCGGCACAAGAAGCUGCUGUCAAGGCGAAAUACGAAGAGAUAGUAGUCCGUGUGCAUUCUGUUUGUUUGCAUGUUUUUUCGUGUUAGCAGCAGCAGUUAAAAGCAAAAAAAUGACGCAAAGAUGGAAUUCGGAACAAAAUGAACACUUUGUGGAAUUAUAUAAAGAACAAACCAUUUUGUGGAACUGUAUGGAUCCCAAUUAUAAAAACAGAGAUUUGCGUAAAGCCUCGCUUGAAUACAUUCGUUCAGAAGUGGGGUUAUCGGAUACGAAAGAAGUUACAAAAAAAAUAAAAAAUUUACGUUCUACAUACAACCAGGAGAAAUUAAAAAUUGAGAAAAGCAAACGAAGCGGAUGUGGUACUGAUGAGAUAUAUAAACCUUCCGUCCAAUGGUUCGAUGCCAUGGAUUACAUCAUGAAUAUUAUUCAUCUGAAGGAAAAACAAACAAUAAGUAAUCUAGAACCAUUUCAUGCAUCAACAUCUGGGAGCGAUUUUGCUGAAGAAAUUACAAUAAUCGAUGAGGAGUACCUCGAUGCUACUGAUGAAAACAACGCUGAUGAAAUCCUACCAAAGAAGCCAUCGAACAGAAGAUCGAAGAAGAAAUUGUCAACUGAGCAGUCUACAAUACAAGCGGCCGUGAAUGAACUGAAGGAACUGAAUAAUAAUUUAACAGUGUCUGCCUCGAGUAUGGGAGAACCAGAAGAUGAAUGUGAGGCAAUUGGAAGACAUGUUAUAAUGCAGCUCAGACAGUUAUCCCCAAUUGAUAGAAUUGAUGCGACAGAUGAAAUACAUGCAAUUCUUUCUAGAUACCGUAAGAAUGCCCUCUGCGUCAGUAGAAUGCAAUACACAUAUUCUGAUCACGAAUAUACUGAAACAUCACAGGCGACUGUAGGUUUUCCACCAAGAUCACCCUAACGUCCUACAUCUUCACAAUCAAAUCAACAGUCGCAAAUACUAUAACCAAGUCAUGCAAUAUUGUACUAUUUUUAAGGAUCACUUUCCAUACAAUAGAACUUAGAUAAUAAAAAAAGCUACUUACUUUAAUAAAAUCUUUUAGACUGAAAUUUAUAGCGUCACAUACUUCCGGAAUUAUCUUAGCUAUGGAUGCCUUCGAGAUUCUAAAAAAUAUCGACAAUAAUCUGAACGAUAUUCCAGAGGAGAGGUACACCAAAGUAAUUUCUAAUUUCACUCUUGCAGGUAUAGCACCCCUCAUAAGUGUAUCUUGGCGUUGUAUUUUUGGAGCAAUUAAAUCCAAUAGUGUUUCCACUUGUUCUGGUGUUACUCUCAACACUGCUCUGUACUCUCGGGGAUCAUUAUCGUAGAGUUCGUUCAGUAUUGUAUUUGUUGCUCCUUUUUUUUGCAUCCAAUUCCUG